GGAGAGGGAGAGAGAGCGCGAGAGCCCCAGCCCGCGCCCGCCGCCGCCCCUCCUCUGUAUGUCGCUUUCCUCCGCCGCCGCUGCCGCCGCCGAGCUCAGCAGCAGCAGCAGCAGCAGCAGCAGGAGUCGCCGCCGCCGCCACCGCCGCGGUUGAUGUGGUUUGGGCCGGGGCUGUGGAGGCAGAGAAGAUGCCGCAGUCCAAGUCCCGGAAGAUCGCGAUCCUGGGCUACCGGUCUGUGGGGAAAUCCUCAUUGACAAUUCAGUUUGUUGAAGGCCAAUUUGUUGAUUCCUAUGAUCCAACCAUAGAAAACACUUUCACAAAACUGAUCACAGUAAAUGGACAAGAAUAUCAUCUUCAACUUGUGGACACAGCUGGGCAAGAUGAAUAUUCCAUCUUUCCUCAGACAUACUCCAUAGAUAUUAAUGGUUAUAUUCUUGUGUACUCUGUUACUUCAAUCAAAAGUUUUGAAGUGAUUAAAGUUAUCCAUGGCAAGUUGUUGGAUAUGGUGGGGAAAGUUCAAAUACCUAUUAUGUUGGUUGGGAAUAAGAAAGACUUACAUAUGGAAAGGGUGAUCAGUUAUGAAGAAGGUAAAGCUUUAGCAGAAUCUUGGAAUGCAGCUUUUUUGGAAUCUUCUGCUAAAGAAAAUCAGACUGCUGUUGAUGUUUUUAGAAGGAUAAUUUUGGAGGCCGAAAAAAUUGAUGGGGCAGCUUCACAAGGAAAGUCUUCAUGCUCAGUGAUGUAAUUGUAUUGCAAAACCUGAGGACAUUGGGGAUAUAGUCUACCUGAAGAAGCAAACUGCCCAUUAUCCUUUAAGAUAAACUAUGCUUCUUUUUUCUGUUAACCUGAAAGAUAUCAUUUGGGUCAGAAGCCCCCCCCCCCAUCCCUUUCAGAUUAUGUUAAACUCUGACUCUGUCCAAAUGGAUUCAUUUCCAUUUUCAAAUUUUAAGCAAUCAUAUUUUCAAUUUAUAUAUUGUAUUUCUUAAUAAUAUUAUGACCAAGAAUUUUACCGGCAUUAAUUUUUCAUUGUAGUUUGUUGUUUAAAAUAAUGUAAUCAUCCAAAUGAUACAUAUUGUUACACUACUCUAAACUAGACUUGAUACAUCAGUGUUUAUUUCAUUGUGUUAAAUGUAUACUUGUAAAUAAAAUAGCUGCAAACCUUAA